ACGACUGGAAGUCUCCAUAGGGGGAUCUCCCUGCACCUGCCUGCCGUUAAAAAAUCUGCUUGUAAGUUAUAGUUGGAGCUGUCUUGUGCAUGUGCUGGAGCUAGCUGGAGCUGAGAGAAGUGGGAGCUGCCCCCAGUCUCCCGUCGGUUUGAUCUGAAUAAAGUGUUCACGAGAUAAAAAGAACAGAUGGAGCAUUACGAAAAGGGUAAAGUGAUAGAAGACGAUGAUCCUGAUGGACCUUUCCUCCAUCUUGGAUUCAAGUUCGAUGAUGUCAUUACAAUGAAGAUUAGGUCUGGAACCAAGAUAAAGAACAUCAUUCAGUUUGCUACCAAGAAAAUGCAGGAAGAUGAUACUCGAAGAAUAAUAUUUACAGGGAAAGGUCAGGCUGUUACCAAGACUGUGACAUGCGUUGAAAUCCUGAAGAGAGAGGUGAAAAACCUUCAUCAAAUAAACAAAUCUUACUUCAGAAGAAUAGAAGAAUACUGGGAGCCUAAAGAAGAAGGAUUAGAUAGACUAAAGGUGAAUAAAGAUGUCCCUGCAUUGGCCGUUCUUCUCUCCAAAGAUCGACUAGAUGACACUGAACUUGGCUACCAAGCACCGGGGUCUUUUGAAGCUCAUCGAAUAGUUGAAGCAAAGCAAGACAAGAGAAAGAAGAACCAACAAAGACAGCAGACUGGAGGAGGCGGUGAUGGAGAAUCGCGGUCUGCACGUUCUGUCGAUCAGAGACAGGAGAGGGAAAACCAGGGCAGCAUGGCAAGAAGGAAGAGGCAAAGGAAGAGGAGAGAUGAGAAGAGAACGUUUAAUGAGAAGCAAGGUAGCGGUGGAGACAAGACUAAGGAAUAAGCGAAAGGAAAGAAGAAGGAGGAGGAGAAAAUGCAAUGAUUGACAUUUUAAUGCUCUGACAAGGAAGAAAUUGAAAGAAGGAUUGAAAAACUAAAUUGGCAAGGAAGCUUUGCAGUGAUGCUGUUGCAGCAGUUUUUGUUAGAUGAUAUAUCACAAGAUUGUAUUGGGAAAGCAUUACACAGGGAGUGGUGAAUGCUGAUGGGAUGAUGAUAAGCAGGAUACAUUGGGAAAGCAUGCCACCGGGAGUGGUGAAUGCUAAGUGAUAUAUCACAGGAUCCAUUGGGAAAUCAUUACACAGGGAGUGGUGAAUGCUGAUGGGAUGAUGAUAAUCAGGAUACAUUGGGGAUGCAUUCCAUCUUGAGUGGUAACAGGUUGCAUUGGGAAAGCACUACAUAAGGAGUGGUGAGUGUUUAUAAGAUGCAUUGGGAAAGCAUUACACAGGGAGUGGCAGAUGUUUGUUAGAUGAUAAUGAACAGGAUAUGCAUUCCACUGGAAGUGGUGAAUGUUUAUUAGAUGAUAAUAAACAGGUUGCAUUGGGAAAACAUUACAUGGGAUAUGGUGAUAUGUCACAAGAUGCAUUGGGAAAGCAUUACACAGGGAGUGGUGGAUGUUUGUUUGAUGAUAUUAAUCAGGAUAUGCAUUCCACUGGGAGUGGUGAAUGUUAGGAUAAACAUGUUGCAUUAGGAAAGUAUUAGAAGGGGGAUGAUGAUAUAUGUCACAAGGUGCAUUGGGAAAACAUUACACAGGGGGUGGUGAAUGUGUAUUUGUUGAUAUUUUGCCAGAUGUUUUGGGGAUAGCAUUCCACUGGUAGUGGUGAGUGUUUAUUAGAUGAUGGUAAACAGUUGGAAUGGGGAAGUAUUACAUAGGGAUGGUGAAUGUUUGUUAGAUGAUAAUAAACAGGUUGCAUUGGGAAAACUUUACAUGGGAUAUGGUGAUAUGUCACAAGAUGCAUUGGGAAAGCAUUACACAGGGAGUGGUGGAUGUUUGUUUGAUGAUAUUAAUCAGGAUACGCAUUCCACCGGGAGUGGUGAAUGUUUGAUCAUUCAAUCUCUUAAACCUCAUGGCCAGUGAAAUGAGUACAGUAUAUAUGGUCAUUCAUGACCUGUGCUAGGCAAUUUACCUUGCAUUUUUACUGCAAGUGAUCAGUAUAUUCUAGAUAUGGCAAUGGCAGGGGCAUAGAUUUGACAGUUCAGUCGAGGAUCAAUCUGUACCUUUGUUGAAAGGAGUGAACAAGAAUUAUAUUUGAUUUAAAUGGAUGAAUUUGAUUUCAGUUAACUAGACCAGUGCCCUGUAGCAUAAAGCGUAUCGAUUGACCAUGGAGCUGAUUUUUACGAUUGAUCAUACACAUUACUCAAUGCAAUCAAUUAUAGAAAUCAGCUCUAUGAUCAAUCGCUUAGCUUUAUUUCGCUAGAUCUGAGUGUGUUUCACCAAAAGUUAUUGUCAUUUGAUGCCAUGCUCGAAUUCCGACGUGCACAUGAUAUGUAAUGCAAAAUCUUUAUUGAUGUAUACUGAUGCCGUUGCGCUAAUCCUAUUAGCAUUUGACCAGUGCGGUGAUGCCUCAUAGCCUUUUAAACCACACACAACUGGGAAUUUAAGUUACACUUAAUUCUUUGUGAAACAACCCCCCCCCCCCCAGGCUACCAAUGUCAAAGAUUAUUUUUGAGCAGUAAACUUAGACCAUGUUGUAUCAACUUCAAUAUCUAACCAAAGGUUACCAUAUUGAAUUUUAAAUAUAAUGUUGAAAUUAUAAGUUUCUAUUUUGUGAAACCCAGAUAUAAUUUAAUGACUAUAAUUCAGGUCACUGGUCCAGGUCAAAUGUAAUUUCAGAUCACUUUGAUGAAAAUUGAUUUUUUUUUAAAUUCAAAUAAUCAAUUUUAAUGCAAACUUAUGUAAAAAUGAUAUGAAGUGAAUAAUAUGAUACCAUAUCAUCUCAAAUCUUAUUUGAGGUCAUUGAACUUAAUUUUUCAAAACAUUUUUUUCUCUUUGAUUUUAAAAUGUAUUCAUUUUCACUAAUUAUGUGAGUGAAGUUUCCAGUAAAAAACUUGGAUGAAAAUUAGUAUUUUGUCCUUAUUUC